AUGAAGUUAGACAAAUGGGUGGUGGUGGGAUUGUUAGUUGUUCCACUCUUUAUACUUAUCUGCCCAACUACUAGUAGUUGUUGUUGUUCAAGAAUCAAAACCAAUACUCAUAAGGCGAUAACAGCAAUGCCAAUCAAGUCCAUGGAUGGUCAAUGGAGCGGCGGUGGUUCCGGCCAACAGGGAGGGUGGAACUUCUGGUGCGGCAGCGGAGCAUCGCCUGACGGUAGGUGGGAUUACCGGUGGGGUGUUGGUUCGGGCCCUGGUGGUAGCACUUGGGCUUUUGGCUCGAGUUCCGGUCAGAGUGGUGGUGGUGGUGGUGGUGGGUUCGCAGUCGGAUGGGGCAGCUCCAGUUCAAACGGCGGCGGCGGCGGGGGUUUUGGAUUUUAUGACGGCGGCGGCCGUAGCGAUGGCAGCUUUGGGUCUGGGCAUAGUGGCGGUGGCGGCUGUGCUGGUUUGAAUUUUAAUGCGAGGUUUGAUGACGAUGGUGGUGGUAGUGGUUGUCAUAAUCCUCCUAGCCAACCCGGGUCCAAUGUUAAUAACAAUCGUGCUGCUGGCACCAGACCUAGCAUGAAUUAA